CACACUUUCACAGUGACUUACAUGCAUUGAUAUCAAAAAGAAACCCUUUCUCUUUAGUUUCCAAAUACUAAGCCAAUCUCUCUUUUAUUUUACCUUUUCCUUUCUUGGCUUUUUCUUCUCCUCUCAUUGAAACUUUUUCCAGUCAAAAUUUUAAAGUAAAACUUCCCACUAAGUAAGGUUUUUUAUACAAACUCCUCAUAUAUAGAUUCACAUUCACCCAUUUCCUUCCUUUUUUUGCUCUCUCACUCUCUCUCUCUUCUCUUCUCUUCUUUCUCUUUUAUUUUCGUCUCAAAAAUGGCAUCAAAAGGAAAGAAACCAAUAAGAAGAACAACCACAAGAAGAAGUAAAAGAAUCCAUUACAAGAACCCAUCUCCUCCUCCAUGUAGUACUAUCAUCAAUAGUGACGUCACUUCGACGUCAUCUUCACCUACUACUUCACCCACAUCAACGGCCACGCCAUCUUCAUUCCAACCGGAGAGUGGAUGUUGUACACCGAAGUCUAAGAAGUCACGUAUACCGGAGAUGCUCACGUGUCCGCCGGCGCCGAAGAAGCAGAAAGUGGGACAAAACUGUGCUUUGAGGAGAAGACAAAUAGCUUUCUUUGCAUCUCCAGAUGUAGAGAUGUUCUUCGUUUUCGCACUUGGUCAACAAAUCAAUAAAUAAGCUAAGUGUAUGAUUAGGGUUUUGUGAUUAUUAUUAUUAUUAUUAUAUAUAUAUAGUAUUAUCAAUAUCUCAAAGUUUCUAGUUUGAUUAAAAUACAAUAAUAUUGAAGUAUAUUAUCGAGAGUGUAGUGUGAUGUUUCGCUUCUUUUCUUCUUCUUCUUAUUUUGCUUUUCUCCCUCUCUUUGUUCCUUUUUUUGGGAUAAUUUUUGAGUUAGGUGGGUUUGAAUUUGUGGUAGGGUAUAAUUAAUCAAAUACCCUACCUCUUUUUUAUUUUUAUUUUUAUAGUUGAUUGUUAUGUAUUUUUGUUUUCUGUAAUUGACUGGUGCUUCCUAACAUUUGAGGCUUCUUAGCUUUGCAUUUUUGUUGUUUGUAAUUUUUGUUUGAGUUUAUUACGAGUUGGAUUAUCGUUUAUACA